AUGAAUCAUUUAGUACCCGAAAUUUAUCUCGCAGCGUUCAAGGACAGCAAAAAAUUUGAAAGGAAAGGCAAGCUUCAAGACUCUCUCACUGCAAUUGAAAGAAUUUCCACUGAAGCUGCCAAUUUAUCAUUUCCGAUUUCCAUCGACAUCACAAAGCAGAUAGCUUCUCUUUGCAAUAAACUUUCACUCCAUUAUUCUUCUCCAGUUUCCUACUUAAGAAGAGCUGAACAAGUGCUAAUGAAUUGGCUUAAUAAUUGUGAUAAAGAAAAUCAAACUCUUGACGAAAAAAUUUUCAGAUUAAUUCUGCUGACAUUUAAUAACUGGGCUUCUUUUCAUCAAGAAAGCAAAAACUAUCACAUGGCUUUGAGCUAUUUAAUGAGAGCUCUCAAAAUCAUUGAUAAGUAUCCAGCUAGGUUGCCAGACUCUCUACAAUUAAUUGCAAAAUCUCGCUUAAGUGUGAGUACAUUGUAUUUUGAAUUGAGAAGAUAUAAGGAAGCUAUUAAACAUGCUGAGGAAGCAUUGGCGACUUUGCAAAUUGAAAUGAAACAGAGGUUGGACGGGAAAUCGGUUGCAAAUUUGAAUAAAAAAGACAUGAAAAAGGUGAAAACGCUUGUGACUACUUAUGUAAUAGCAUUUUAUACAAUAGGACUUUCUGAAGAGGCUUUGGGAAGGAGAAGCGCAAUGCUGGAUGCUUAUAAUAAUGCAGUAAAAAUAGCAGACCAGUUUUUGUCUGGAGAAAGCGAAAUGUUGCAAACGAUAAAGCAAACGCUUGCUGAUGUGAAUCUUAUAGCUCCGGAAACAAUAGAAAAAAGAAUUCACAAGCCAAUGAAAAGGAGAGACCUGAAGCUAAGCUUGGAUAAUCAAAUAAAAAAAGAAAACGAGCCGUUUGAAUUCAAAACUGCAUGCAGCUUCCCUGUAAGCAAAGAGCCAGCGGAAACUGACCAUUUAAAUUCCCAAGCUUCAUUGCCAAGCUUAAAUUUCCCAUCAACUGUACAAACAAGACUCCCUGGGCGCUAUUACUCUGAAGAACAGCUGAAAAAGCUCCAGAAAAAGAUGACAGUGGACUCACAGCACCGCUUUGUCAGUGUAGAUGAAUACUUUUAUACAAAAAUAAGCAAAACUUUAAAUGUGAAAUCAGAUAUCAAACAUCUUCGUCCUUUAACAGCAAAAGGAGCAAUCACCAAAUGGGAGCAAGAAAUUGAUGACAAGCGAAAAAUUUCUGACUUAAGACUAAGAAAACAUCACAGGCAGCUUAUCACAGACAGAAAUCCUUAUGAUCACGUUGGAAACCGUAUUGACAAGCUAAAAGAAGAAGAUAAAGAUAACCUAAAAAGACAAGAAAUCGCUAUGAAAUCAAAAAUGAAAACAAAGGUCUACAAAAAUCUGAUGAGAGCUUUAAGCGGAAAAGGAUACAACUCUUUGCCUCCACAGAGACUAUAUUUUAAACCUCCAUUGAUACAAAACGCUGAGUUGACCCAUGAAUCAACAAAAUCAGAGCUUUUAGGGAAAAAUACUAUUGGAGAAAACCAUAACUUUAAAUCUGCUAAUGAUGAAAUCGAGACAAUUAUGGAUAGAAUUAAUCUAGAAAUGAAAGAAAUCGACUUUGAGAUGGGAAUUGCUCGAGAAAAGACUCUUGAAGCCCCGAACCCAGAGCCACUUGAUUCAAAUCUCGCGAAAUCUACCUUAAAGACAUCAGACAGUUUUCACGAGGAGCAGCCAAAGAAAAAAGAAAAAAUCAGGGCUUCUUUGAAGCGGUCAACAACAGGCCCCCGAAUUCAAUCUGCAUAUAGCGCUUAUAAAUUUUAG